CAUCGCAGUGAAUCAUCCUGUAUGUUUCUGUUCAAUUUUUGGAAAUUUAUUUCUUUGCAGUUUCAUGAAUAACAUGAAUUGGUUAUUGAACCUUCGGUUGAAUAAAGAAUGAUGAAAAAAAUCUACCAUAAUUUGAACAAUGUUUUUUUUUGUGUUCCACAUCAGAGGUCAUCGUCUUUAAUAAUCACCAUGUUUUUCGCUAUAAUGACCACCCCUUUGCUUAGGCACGAAUUCUAGCGAUCACGUAAGUCUCCACCUUCCCUAAAUUAUAAAAACCUAUCGAUCGACCCAGUUCCAAAGCUAAGCGUAUCUUAGUCACAAUCCAACAGUUCUGUCCACAACAUUCCGAUUUCGUCUUCGAAAUGGCACCCAAGCUAUAUGUCAUGCCAGCAAGCCCCCCAUGUAGGGCUGUAAUGAUGUUGGCUAAGGAGAUCGAUCUAGAAGUUGAAAUUGAGGAGAUAGAAAGAGGUCAGCUAAAAACACCCGAGAUGCUAGAGCUAAAUCCUGAACACACAGUCCCUAUACUAGUCGACGACGAUUUUGUUGUAUGGGAGAGCCAUGCCAUCAUGCCAUAUCUAGUAGGAAAAUAUAGCGACAAAGAAUCGCUCUAUCCAAAAGACGACAUUUGCAAGACUGCUAUUAUCAACCAACGCAUGCAUUUUGAAUCUGGAGUUCUUUUUCAACGAUGCACAACCGCAAUUGCACCAUUGUUCCAAGGAAUAGGCGAUAUCAGCGAUGAUGAUCGCGACAAAAUCAUCGAGGCAUUUGGUUUCAUCGAAAACUACCUAGAAAAAACGCCGUAUGUGGCUGGCGACGAAAUGACAGUUGCAGACCUCAGUAUCCUUUCAACAGUGGCAUCUAUAGAGCUUGUGAUACCUGUAGAGGAGGAAAGAUUUCCCAACUUGUCCAGUUGGGUAAAAAGUGGCAAAGAACUGAGCUACUUUGAAGAGUGUAACUCAAAGGGUUUGGCUGAACUUAAAGAUUUGAUUGAUGCCGCUUCGGCCUAAAAAUUUUACCGCUGAAAAUUUGGCGCACAUUUUCAACGAGUGAAGUAAAUUGUUAGAAUCAAAAGCAUAGUUUUAUAUUCAUUCAUUUCGAUUUAUGGAGUUUCAUAUGGUAUUGUUCAAGUGUUCAUUGCAAUAAUCGAAUAAAGGAUAGAUAAUUAAGA